AUGGGUGGACGACGCAUCACCGAAAAGCGUGACGUGUACAGCUUCGGCAUACUCCUCCAGAUCGUCGAGCACGGUAACAACUUCCAUGGCGACCCUGAUGCCGCAUCAGAGGGAAGCCAACGGUGGUUCCCCGUGGUCGCAUGGACCAGGGAGCUGGUGCAGAGGAUGUGCAAGGUGGCAUUCUGGUGUGCGCAACAGCGGCCAUCGGCGAGGCCACCCAUGAGCUCGAUGGUGAAGAUGCUGGAGGGCGAGACGGAGAUCGCUCCGCCGCGCAACCUAUUCCACUCCUUGUACGGAAAUGAGACAGACCGGUUGUCGCUGCUUGAGUUCAGGAAGGCAACUCUCGACCCACUGCAGGCCCUCGUGUCCUGGAACGACAGCAUCCACUUCGCUUGCAAAUCUCUUGACUGGGAUGAUCAAGGUUUAGUUGGAAAAAUCUCCCCUUCGCUUGCAAAUCUAACGCUCCUCAAAGAUCUAUUCCUAGACUCAGAUAACUUCACAGGGAAGAUCCCUCCAUCUCUUGGACACUUGCAUCGCCUGCAACGCCUCGUGUUGAGUAAUAACACACUACAAGGAUUCAUACCUAGUUUUGCAAACUGUUCCAAUCUCAGGGAUCUAUUUCUAAAUCGCAAUAAUCUAGUAGGGCAAAUUCCUAUGGAUUUACCUCUCAACCUUGCAUUUCUGGACCUUCAAUUUAAUGAACUUACUGGAAUCGUUCCGGAUUACCUUGGCAAUAUGACAACACUAUUAGUAAUUCACUGUGUCUAUAAUAAUAUACAAGGCAACAUCCCCAAUGGCUUUGCAACGCUGCCCAGCCUACAAUACAUAAACAUGGCUAAAAAUAAGUUGGUGGGUAGGUUUCCACAAGCCAUCUGGAAUAUUUCUACUCUUGAUUCUCUUUGCCUUUCUUAUAAUUAUCUUACUGGAGAGGUGACAUCCAAUCUCGGUAAACAUCUACCUAAUCUUAAGGAACUCGUUUUAUCCGGUAACUUGUUUCAAGGGCAUAUACCCCUUUCAUUGAUAAAUGCUUCCAAGCUCUCCCUCAUUGAUAUAUCAAACAAUAAUUUCACUGGGGUAGUUCCUAGCUCCAUCGGCAAACUAACCAAAUUGUAUAAGUUAAAUUUGGAGGACAAUAAACUCGAAGCACAUAGUGAUCAAGACUGGGAGUUUAUGUAUAGCUUAGCCAAUUGCUCAGAACUACAAAUAUUUUCGAUCACUUCCAAUCGUCUAGAAGGCCACUUACCAGCUUCAUUAGGUAACCUUUCGAAUCAGCUUCAAGUUCUAUACCUGGGAGGAAAUAAAUUAUCAUGGAGUUUUCCCUCCGGCAUACAAAAUCUUGCCAACCUGACUAGAUUAGGAUUGUCAUGCAAUCAAUUUACAGGUGGGAUUCCUGAAUGGCUUGGAAGUAUCAAGAAGUUACAAACAAUAGGUUUACAUCACAAUGACUUUACAGGGUUUCUUCCAAUAUCUCUUUCGAAUUUAUCUUUACUAGGGAACCUCUUUCUCAACUCCAAUAAGUUUGGUGGUCUCAUACCCCCAGGCCUAGGAAACCUCCAAAUGCUUCAACAAUUAAACAUUUCCGACAACAAUCUUCAUGGUAGGGUGCCAAAGGAGAUCUUUAGAAUUCCGACAAUAUUAGCAGUUGAUCUAUCUUUCAACAACCUUGAUGGACAUCUUCCUACCGAGAUUGGCAAUUCCAGGCAGCUUGCAUAUUUUUCACUUUCAACAAAUAAGAAGAGGAAAUCUUUAUUGUUGCCAUCAUUUGGUAGACAAUUUCCCAAAGUGUCUUUCAAUGAUAUUACUAGAGCAACACAGGGGUUCGCAACAUCCAGCAUAAUUGGAAGAGGGAGAUAUGGUUCUGUUUAUCAAGGAAAAUUAUUUCAAGAUGGAAGUGAUGUUGCCAUAAAAGUCUUCAGCCUAGAGACAAGGGGGUCACAGAAGAGCUUCAUCGCAGAAUGUAACGCCUUAAGAAAUGUGUGCCACCGUAAUCUCGUCCCUAUCUUAACUGCAUGCUCAAGCAUUGAUUCUAACGGGAAUGAUUUCAAAGCUCUAGUGUAUGAGUUCAUGCCUGGAGGGGACUUACAUAGACUACUAUACUCAACUCAAGACGAUGAGGGCUCUUCAGACCGGAGAUAUGUUAUUACAUUGGCUCAAAGGCUAAGCAUUGUGGUGGACGUAGCAGAUGCAUUGGAGUACCUACACCACAACAAUCAAAGAACAAUUGUUCAUUGCGAUAUGAAGCCUAGCAACAUUCUAUCGGAUGACAUAAAGGGCACAAUUGGAUAUGUUGCUCCAGAAUGUGCAACAGGCGCUCAUGUUUCGACUGCUAGCAACGUCUAUAGCUUUGGAAUCGUUCUACUUGAAAUAUUCUUGCGUAAGAGGCCGACUGAUGAUAUGUUCAAGGAUGGACUGGACAUUGCAAAAUUCGUCGAGGUGCACUAUUCUUCCAAAGUAUCACAGAUUGUUGACCCUGAGUUACUACAAGAUGAAGCGGAGUUUCCCAACGGAAGUCCAUUAGCCAUGAAGAGGCAAAGGACUUGA